AUGCCUCCCAAGAAGAAGAGCGAUAAGCCGCAACAAUCCGGCACAGUUCUGCUUGGCAGACCUGGAAGUAAUUUGAAGGUGGGUAUUGUUGGACUUCCUAAUGUUGGGAAGUCCACAUUUUUCAACGUUUUAUCCAAGAAAGGUGUUCCUGCGGAAAAUCGCCCAUUCUGCACCAUUGAUCCCAACACCGCAGAUAUUAAUAUCCCCGACGAACGGUUUGACAAGUUGGUGAGAAUCAAUAAACCGGCAUCUAUUGUUCCUGCACAAGUUCACGUCCGGGAUAUUGCAGGUUUGGUGCGUGGAGCCAGCAAUGGUGAAGGGCUCGGUAACGCUUUUCUGUCUCACAUUAAUGAAUGCGAUGGCAUUAUCCACAUGAUUCGCGUCUUUGAGGAGGUUGAGAUUACCCACGUGGAAGGUGAUCUGGACCCUGUUCGCGACCUGGAGAUUAUUUUCUCGGAGUUGGUUUUGAAGGAUUUACAGGUGGUCAACGGAUUGAUUGACAAGAUAACGCCCAUAGUAAAUCGUGGGAUUGAUAAGAGCAAAAAAUAUGAUUUAGAAGUUCUCUUGAAAAUAAAAGAACACCUUGAAAAUGGUGAACAGGUUCGGUGUUGCCAUUGGAGUGGCAAAGAAAUCGACUAUCUCAACACCCUACAGCUUUUAACGGCGAAGCCGGCUAUCUUUUUGGCUAACAUGUCCGAAAAGGAUUUUAUUCGACAACGCGGCAAAUGGCUUGCCAGGCUAAAGGAGUGGAUAGACCAGCACACUGGUGAGCCACUUAUUCCAAUUUCGGCAGAGAUGGAGGCCAAGUUUGUCGACAUGUCCCCAGAGGAAAUAGAGGAGUACUGCAAGGUGAAUAAAACAAAGUCUCAGGUGCACAAAGUUGUUACCACCUCGUAUCAUGCUAUCAAUUUGAUUCACUACUUUACCGCAGGGGCAGACGAGGUUAAGUGCUGGACGAUUCAGAAUGGCACAAAGGCUCCUCAAGCAGCUGGUAAAAUUCACACCGACAUGGAGAAGGGAUUUAUCUGUGCGGAAGUGAUCCACUGGGACGACUAUGACAAGCUUGAAAGUGAGGCUGCAUGCCGUGAGGCUGGUAAGCAGCAUCAGGAAGGACGUAAUUAUGAAGUUCAGGACGGUGAUAUCAUUUUUUUCAAAUUUAACGUUUCUAAGGGAGGUAAAAAGUGA